AUGGAAGAGAAGGCGAAGGUUCCUCGUCUGGUGAAUGGCACCGAGGCACUCACCGUGAGGGUGCCAGGGUCCGAGGCACUCACCGUGAGGGUGCCAGGGUCCGAGGCACUCACUGUGAGGGUGCCAGAGACCCAGACACUCACCGGGAGGGUGCCAGAGACCCAGACACUCACCGGGAGGGUGCCAGAGACCCAGACACUCACUGUGAGGGUGCCAGAGACCCAGACACUCACCGUGAGGGUGCCAGGGUCCGAGGCACUCACUGUGAGGGUGCCAGAGACCCAGACACUCACCGGGAGGGUGCCAGAGACCCAGACACUCACCGGGAGGGUGCCAGAGACCCAGACACUCACCGGGAGGGUGCCAGAGACCCAGACACUCACCGGGAGGGUGCCAGGGUCCCAGACACUCACCGGGAGGGUGCCAGAGACCCAGACACUCACCGGGAGGGUGCCAGGGUCCCAGACACUCACCGGGAGGGUGCCAGAGACCCAGACACUCACCGGGAGGGUGCCAGGGUCCCAGACACUCACUGUGAGGGUGCCAGAGACCCAGACACUCACCGGGAGGGUGCCAGGGUCCCAGACACUCACCGGGAGGGUGCCAGGGUCCCAGACACUCACCGGGAGGGUGCCAGGGGUCCCAGACACUCACUGUGAGGGUGCCAGAGACCCAGACACUCACCGGGAGGGUGCCAGAGACCCAGACACUCACUGUGAGGGUGCCAGAGACCCAGACACUCACCGGGAGGGUGCCAGAGACCCAGACACUCACUGUGAGGGUGCCAGGGGUCCCAGACACUCACCGGGAGGGUGCCAGGGGUCCCAGACACUCACUGUGAGGGUGCCAGAGACCCAGACACUCACCGGGAGGGUGCCAGAGACCCAGACACUCACCGGGAGGGUGCCAGGGUCCCAGACAAUCACCGGGAGGGUUCCAGGGUCCCAGACACUCACCGGGAGGGUGCCAGGGUCCCAGACACUCACCGGGAGGGUGCCAGGGUCCCAGACACUCACCGGGAGGGUGCCAGAGACCCAGACACUCACCGGGAGGGUGCCAGAGACCCAGACACUCACCGGGAGGGUGCCAGAGACCCAGACACUCACCGGGAGGGUGCCAGGGGUCCCAGACACUCACCGGGAGGGUGCCAGAGACCCAGACACUCACCGGGAGGGUGCCAGAGACCCAGACACUCACCGGGAGGGUGCCAGGGUCCCAGACACUCACCGGGAGGGUGCCAGAGACCCAGACACUCACCGGGAGGGUGCCAGAGACCCAGACACUCACCGUGAGGGUGCCAGAGACCCAGACACUCACCGGGAGGGUUCCAGGGUCCCAAACACUCACCGGGAGGGUGCCAGAGUCCCAGACACUCACCGGGAGGGUGCCAGAGUCCCAGACACUCACCGGGAGGGUGCCAGAGACCCAGACACUCACCGGGAGGGUGCCAGAGACCCAGACACUCACCGGGAGGGUGCCAGAGACCCAGACACUCACCGGGAGGGUGCCAGAGACCCAGACACUCACCGGGAGGGUGCCAGAGACCCAGACACUCACCGUGAGGGUGCCAGAGACCCAGACACUCACCGGGAGGGUGCCAGAGACCCAGACACUCACCGUGAGGGUGCCAGAGACCCAGACACUCACCGGGAGGGUGCCAGGGUCCCAGACACUCACCGGGAGGGUGCCAGAGACCCAGACACUCACCGGGAGGGUGCCAGAGACCCAGACACUCACCGGGAGGGUGCCAGGGUCCCAGACACUCACUGUGAGGGUGCCAGAGACCCAGACACUCACCGUGAGGGUGCCAGAGACCCAGACACUCACCGGGAGGGUGCCAGAGACCCAGACACUCACCGGGAGGGUGCCAGAGACCCAGACACUCACCGGGAGGGUGCCAGAGACCCAGACACUCACCGUGAGGGUGCCAGAGACCCAGACACUCACCGGGAGGGUUCCAGGGUCCCAGACACUCACCGGGAGGGUGCCAGAGACCCAGACACUCACCGUGAGGGUGCCAGAGACCCAGACACUCACCGUGAGGGUGCCAGAGACCCAGACACUCACCGGGAGGGUGCCAGAGACCCAGACACUCACCGUGAGGGUGCCAGAGACCCAGACACUCACCGGGAGGGUGCCAGGGUCCCAGACACUCACCGGGAGGGUGCCAGAGACCCAGACACUCACCCUGAGGGUGCCAGAGACCCAGACACUCACCGGGAGGGUGCCAGAGCCCCAGACACUCACCGGGAGGGUGCCAGGGUGGCCGGGCGGUCCCUGUUAUUCACAGCUUUGGACCCGAUUGUGAAGUUGUCAAGGCAGGAGUCAUUGUUAAGACCUUCUCCUUAUGCCUCCAACGACCCGUCAGGCUAA